UGCUUCCACUGUCGGGAGAGUUCGCCCUUCGUCCGAGCUUCUAUUAACGCGUUCAAAGUUUGGCAGAAGCUCUCUUCGUCCAAGCUGUCCAAUGGCCGACCAAGUUUCGUUGUCUUCCAGGGGAAUGCUCGCGACAUUUCUGUCGCGUGUCGCCGUUUCGCCAUCGUCAAGGGAGAAUGAGGCCGCGUUGCCUGAAUUGCCCGCAGGCCCCGUCAGACUCAGCGCAAUCACUUCCAUCGGUGCGAAAUUCGUCGUGACCAAACUGCAGGUGGCGAUAAGCUUGUGCAUGCUCGGCCUGAGCCACACGGUAUCCGCGGCAGAGGAGGCCAUCUUCGGCGCCUCGGGAACACCAGUGCCAGCAGCGGUGCCCGACACCCACGAGCCACAGGAAUGCUCCGCAGCCGACCAUGGGGACCCGGACGCUCAGGCUCGACGGCGUCAGGCAGCUGUCGUCCACGAAGAACGCAUGACGCGUCGACCGUGGCUCGACUGGGGGAUCCCCACCCUUUAUGUUAUUUGUGUCUCGAUAUUGUCAGUCAUGAUUUCAAAGUGGUCUAACUAAAAAAAAAAAAAGGUCAUAGCGAUAACAUAUCCGGCGGUACAAUAAAGUUGUUAUCAUCAUCAUCAUGCUCGUUGCUGCCGAAUAAGAAAUUAUCGUGACAUCGUAAAACCAUGCUCCACCUAAGAACCGGCUAAAAUACUCAUCAACUAUGAACUCAAGCUACUAAGGAAUGUAAAAAAAAAUAUGUAAAGCAAUAAGGCAGAGAGUUAAGAGAGCGGUGAAAUAGAGAGUCAGGAUGCGCUAUAUCAGCGAUAUGCGAACGUCCAGAAGAAGCGUUACCAGAUUGACCUUUAUCUCGGCAGCCAUGGCAUGAAAAACAAAACAAACAAAUAAAAGCAAGUCGCACACAGCCAACAUCAAAGCACAUGAAACAAGAUACGCGCAAGUUCAAACAAACAUUUCUCUUUCAGAGAGACUGCAUAAACCUAAUAUCAGACAGAAAAUCAGGAAGUGCUCCAAACACGCAUUUUUGUUUGGGCGCUCCUGUCUCAUUGCAGCCCCCUCCCCUCCUCCUCUUUGCAAGUUAGCAUGCGACUUCACUUUGUUACGUUCCUACAUUUCUGCAUACAUUCUCCAGAAGCUUUUUUCCUGUUUCUCUAGACUAGGUAUGGUAUGAUGAACUUUAUUAAUGUCCUGAAGAUCAACCCUUAGGUUGACGCAGGCGGCUCCCACGUCGGGACAGUAAGGUUUAACCUUACCGCCAUAUCAUGGGCCUUCUGGACGGCCUGUACUUGAUCAAAAAGACCUCCACUGUGUGGGACUCGCGACCACCAGUCUCUCUCCUUGUCACAGUCUGUGAAAGACACAGGACACUGCCGAAGCAUGCGAUCCAGAGUAAUGAUGCCAUUGCACUUCUCGCAAUGGAUUGGUACCUUUCUUUCUAGAUAUAACUUGUUAAUAAAGUUUGGACUUCGAUAAGUUCUUGUCUGCAACAAUCUCAGAGUCACCGCUUGAGCUCUAUUGUGCUUAGCGCGCGGCACUGAGAAUUCCCUUCUGUUCAUGUAGUAAUGCCUCGAGAUUUCAUUAUAUGUAAGAACUUGGUCCCUGUUCUCCUCCUGUACAUUAUUAAGGUCCUGGUCGCGUAGUGCACGGAUAGUAAGU